AUGCUGCUUAAAUGCCCUCUCCCAAAUCCAUUCUUCCUCAACAAUUCAAGAAUUCCAAUCGUAUACUCUCCUCCUGAACACUCUGUUUUCCGUCCCUCUUUAACAAUGGCUCUCAAGGCUGUUCAUGUUUCCGACGUCCCAAAUUUUGAUCAUGUCACGGAAAAUCCAUCUUUUUCCCUUUACUCUACAAGAUAUUCCAAAGGAGCGGAAGUUGGAAAAGGUUUCUUUAAGCCACCGAAAUUUCUGGUGAUUGGGCACCGGGGAAAUGGGAUGAAUUUAUUGCAGUCCACCGAUCGGAGAAUGAAAGCCGUUAAAGAGAACACAAUUCUCUCAUUCAAUACCGCCGGAAAUUUUCCCGUUGAUUUCAUUGAGUUUGACGUUCAGGUGACCAAAGAUGGCUGUCCGAUCAUCUUUCACGACAACUUCAUUUUAUCCGAAGAAAACGGUGUGGUAUAUGAAAAGAGAGUGACAGAUUUAACUCUAUCCGAAUUCCUCAGCUACGGGCUCCAAAGAGAAUCGUCCUUGGUAGUCAAAACUCUGUUAAGGAAAACAAAGGAUGGGAAGAUUAUUGAUUGGAAUGUUGAAGCUGAUGAUGCUUCCUGCACGCUACAAGAAGCCUUUCAGAAAGUCAAUCCUCGUCUCGGAUUCAACAUCGAAUUGAAGUUUGAUGAUCACGUUGUUUAUCAAGAAGAAUAUCUAAUCGAUGUACUACAAUGGAUUUUGCGAGUCGUAUUUGAAAAUGCCAAGGAUAGACCUAUUAUCUUUUCGUCGUUUCAACCAGAUGCUGCUCUGCUUGUCAAGAAACUUCAGAACACUUACCCUGUAUUUUUCCUGACAAAUGGAGGAAAUGAGAUUUACUAUGAUGUAAGAAGGAAUUCAUUGGAGGCGGCCAUCAAGCUAUGCUUAGAGGGUGGUUUGCAGGGAAUUGUUUCGGAAGUCCGAGGCAUCUUUAGAAAUCCAGAGACAGUGAAAAAGAUCAAAGAGUCAAAGCUCUCUCUCUUGACAUAUGGAAAAUUAAACAAUGUGCCUGAAGCCGUGUAUGUGCAACAUUUAAUGGGCAUCGAUGGAGUGAUUGUGGAUUUGGUUCGAGAAAUAACGGACUUUGUUUCUAGUUUGGUGAAGCCAUCUGAGGAACAAAUUCCAGGACAGGGAAAACCUCAAUUUUCACAAACGGAAUUGGCAUUUUUGCUUAAGCUCAUUCCAGAAUUGAUUCAACAAUGA